AUGAAGCUCCGUCGAGGCUGCCAACGCAGCCCGAUUCUGCACGCCGCACUUCUCUUCGCUUUUUUCAACAAGACCACCACUGCCCUCGUCUACACCCCCUCAUCAGCUUUCCUUUCUCCAUUCCAUGAUAAUGCUGUGGUCUACGUAUUGCAGCCCAGCACCACCCUUGACCAUGGGAUUGAGUUUUUGUCACUAAACGUCUCCCGAGACCUUGAUGUCCAAACUCCAAAAUAUGAGACCUUGCUACCCAAGGUCCCGUUUCAAAACGCCGAACAAAACUCGACAUUUACUCCAGUCAUCGAUGCCAGUGGUGUGAUCUCGAUCUAUGCGGGGAAUUGCCAGGAUGAGGCGACGGCACGCGAUACUCUUUGGCAAUUCCAGCCAGACAACACCAGCGCAAUCGGAAAUGGGUCCUGGACACAAUUUGAUGUAGUGUCGACAGAACGUCUUCUUAAGCCGAAAUACCUGGCGGCCAGCUUCUCUUUCACUUCCAGCCGGUCUGGCGCGCCGACUUUUUAUUCCUUUGGAGGCAUGUGUCCGUUUGCUAACAGUACGGGCGACCGAUGGGUCUCAGCAGCCAACUAUUCACAGUCCAUGGUGAUGAUCAAUCAGGACCCGACACAAGAUUCCAAGUACUCUGCUCAGAUCACCGGGAAUCGUGCACCCCCCGUGCCCGAGGCAGGAAUGUCCGCUGUGGCACUGCUCGAAACCAAGUCUCGCACCCAGACCCAGCAAGACUUCCUGUUGAUAGGUGGUCAUACUCAGCAGGCUUUUCUUAACAUGUCCGAGCUGGCAAUCUUCUCUGUGCCGCAGAACAGUUGGACGUUCGUCACGGUGGAUUCAGAGCCUACGGCGAGAACGGAGCUUGCCAUUAGAGAUACACACAUGGUAGAGCCCCGAUCUGGUCAUGCAGUAGCCCUUUCACAAGACGGUACAAAGGUCUUCGUUGUGGGCGGCUGGGUGGGGGAUACGUCGACCCCAGCAGAUCCACAACUUGCGAUCUUGAACAUUGGCGAAGAGUAUGGUGGCACUGGGCCAUGGACAUGGACAGUACCCUCUCAGACAGGAACAGGUAUUGCGGCGGGAACAGGGCUAUUUGGUCAUUCAGUCGUGAUGCUUCCGGGAGACGUUUUGAUGAUUUCCGGUGGCUACAUUAUCCCAAAGACUUCGUCAUCCAAGCGAGCAUCAUCCCUCACUGAGCGCAACUCACAAGUCUAUCUCUUCAACACUUCCUCGAGCAGUUGGCUUACCUCCUACUCGAACCCAAACUUCAAGAUCUCACCACCGACGUCUCGCCAUCACGGCUUGUCCUCAACCCAGAAAUUGAGCCUCGGUCUUGGGAUCGGGCUUGGUCUGCCCCUGGCUGUAGUGAGUGCUAUCUGUGCAUGCGGAUACCUUCGAAAGCGCGCCAUACGAAACAGGCGUGACUCACAACUACGCGAUCUGGCUCUCGGGGCUGAGCGUGCCCACUUCUGGACCGGAGAGGAGCGCCACCAGUCAAGCAGCAUAAGAAGCUCGCAAAUGACUGAGAGACAAAACCUCGUCUCUGUGACUCAACCCUGGUCGUCGACUCGCAGUAGCGCUUCACGACCUCUUUCCUGGGACGAACACCGUGAUGGAACCGCCGAACGAACAGGUCUACUAGCUGAUCCCUCGAGCCCUACCAAACCUGCGUCCCCAGUGAGUCAGCCACGGGCAUAUCGACCCUUGAACUUCGCCGAGUAUCGCCGCAGCGAGCUGAGCGAAAUCCAUCCCAUCGACGAGUGUGACGAGGAUGAAGCAAUGUCUCGCGAGGGACUCAUGUCGGAAGUUCGUAAUGAACCUGGCACAGUCAACAAAGAGACCAAGGACGUGUUCAGAGAUGACCCUUUGUCUACUUCUCGUCCAACCAUCUUUGGGGUGGGCCUCGGUCCAUUCUACACCCGCCGAAAAGAUAACGGCUCUGGUUCGGAUGGUCGAGCUUCACCGGCAACGAAAAGUGAAAGAACGUCCACAAACCUGUCUGAUUCAUCGGGGUUCUCCUUCUGCUCGGCCACAGCCAAGCCGACUGGACAAGUCCCUCAGGCCAAACCUGUCCUGGUGGAACAUCACUCAAGUCUGGGAAGCCAUGGUGCCGAGAAUCUCAUCACAUCGACGCCACAUAGCGACGGAGAUUUACCCGCUGCUCCUUCGGAGAAAUCCUCAACGGAGUCCUAUUCCACUGCUCAGACAAACUUCUCCCAUCGGCAGGCGGAGAUUGAGGGUCUUCUUCACAACAACAACGAUUCCACCAGCCCCAUCACUCCAAGGAGCGCCUCACCCUCCAAAUUACCCCCGGGAUCCAAACCCAAGGCGUCAGAUUGGAUGAUGGAUACUGUCCGUCGCGCACUGACACUGACACGACGCGGUGGCGCGUACUCACAAGCUGAUGGUGAAGAUGAUAGCACUGCCUAUCGAGCUUCCGGUAUCGACCAGCAUAGCACUUACGCCGGCUUGGGCGUCGCGCCGACUGGAAGCAGCUCCAAUUCUCCUCGCCGAACUGUAAGUGCCUCUGCCGAGUUGUUUCGCCGCAAGCAAGGCGCCAGAGACUGGAACGCAAGGAAACGCCUUUCCGAAGUCCCCUUCAGCAUGCCUCGUGGCACACGCGAUGAUCUGUUCAUCGGGGCACCGGGCUAUCUUGGUGACGACGACACAUGUGACGAUCCCGACGACUGGGACGUCGAAGGUGCCGCCGAGGGUCGAAGUGUGCAGAUGACUUACACAGUCCCCCGUGAGAAGCUGCGCGUCGUUAAUGCCUCGGCACGAGAUAUGGAUAGUAUUUCUGAACGAUCUAUUAGCGGUGGGUUCCGACGCGUCAGCGACUCGAUUAGCAGCCGGCGUGUAAGCCGUUGA